AUUUGUUCAAAGCACGUGGUCACAUGUUUUUCAAUGGCGGAUGAACCGACCGAAAGGCAACCAAGCAGGUUCCUUGAAGCCAAGUCCUAACAAACGAAUAAAUUAUUUGGAAAAACCCAAGGUAUGACCAUGACAUCAAUCAAAGCAGUGAAGCUUCUCCUUCACAUUCUUAGCCGCGUCCCCCAUUGGAAAAGCAGACAUACUUGGACAUGUCUAAAUCUUGGUUGACUCUUUCAUAUUUCUUGUCUUCCUAUAACAUGCACUUUUCUUUUUAAUUUCUCUUCGUUUCAGUUCCAUUUGGAGCAAUAGUUCUCCAAUACUUACUUCAUAAGAAACCAGAACAGAAACCCAGUUCCCAUUUUGCUUUCAUACUUGGAUACGAUGUUUGUUUCUAGAUCAGUUUUUGGGGUUAUUUUCUUGGCUUCUUUGCUUCUUUUCCCUGUAAAUGCAAUCAGGUUGUUUACAGAAAAGGUUACAAGCAGCGGAAGGGAUGAAACAGAAAGGGAAUCAGAUUUGUUCAUGAAGUUUGCGGAGGCACCAGAGUAUCACAAUGGACCUGAAUGUCCUGUUUUGGCUGAAGAAAGUUUGUUAUGCGACCCUUCCGUUGUUCAUAUUGCAAUGACUAUUGAUCCUGAGUAUCUGAGAGGUAGCACAGCAGCAAUUCAUUCAGUUGUCAAGCAUAGUUCUUGUCCAGAAAAUGUAUUCUUUCACCUCAUUGCCUCCGAUUCGAGCUUUGUUAAUGCAAAUGACCUUACUCAGAUCGUCAAGUCUGCAUUUCCAUCUUUGAGUUUCAAGGUCUAUGUCUUCCAGGAAAAUCUUGUCAGGAAUCUCAUCUCAUCUUCUAUCCGCCAAGCUCUUGACAGCCCUUUAAAUUAUGCAAGAAGUUACUUAGCUGAUAUAUUUGAGGCCUGCGUUGAACGUGUGAUCUACCUAGAUUCUGAUACCAUUGUUGUAGAUGACACCCAAAAGCUCUGGAGGAUAACUUUGACUGGAUCAAGAACCAUUGGAGCUCCAGAGUACUGUCAUGCAAACUUUGCCAAGUAUUUCACUGGUGAAUUCUGGUCAGACCCUGAGUUAUCCAGGGUUUUUGAAGGGAAAAGGCCUUGUUAUUUCAAUACAGGAGUGAUGGUGAUGGAUUUGGCAAGGUGGAGAGAAGGUGACUACACAAGGAAGAUUGAGAGAUGGAUGAGAAUUCAGAAGGAGAAAAGGAUUUAUAAGUUGGGUUCUCUUCCACCAUUUCUGUUGGUUUUUGGUGGAGAUGUUGAGGCCAUCGAUCAUAGAUGGAACCAACAUGGGCUUGGUGGAGAUAAUUUGGUGAAUAGUUGCAGGUCUUUGCAUCCAGGUCCUGUAAGUUUGCUGCAUUGGAGUGGUAGAGGGAAGCCAUGGGUCAGGCUCGAUGCAGGGAGACCCUGCCCGGUUGACUUCCUUUGGGCACCUUAUGAUCUUCAUAAGUAAAUUGCAGGGACAUGAGCAACAUAAACAACCAAAACAAGAAUUGCCUAGAUUUUCAUCGGAUUCCUUGUGAUUUAUUUGUAUAAUUUCUCUUCUAUUCUUUUUUAUUUUGACAAACUUAGAGAUUUCUUUUUUGUGUAAAUAGACACAAAAGAAGGUGCGGAAUAUUGUUUGAGUUCUUUGUAUCAGGAGGUAUUUUUUGUAUGCAAACCAUUUAAGGUACUCGAGUAAUUCAUAGAUUUUUGUUACUA